CAGCCAUUUCCCGCUUCUCAUCUAUCCGGUACCUGUAUCUGAUUGGGUCACCGGGGUUGGAGUGCUUUGUGGGAGGAAAGGCAUUUAUUUGGGGGUGGCUGGGGGCCGUUCGUGCGGUACUUCCCGCUGGCACGACGAAGGCGGCUGGCGCGCAGGCGCGUUGGUUGCAGGCGCGUCUGGGCCUUGGGACCCAGAGCGUCCCCUUUGUUCCCCGCGGGCGGCGGGGCCGAGGGGCGGGGCCGGCUCGCGCUCCGCCGCCCCCGCCCCGCCGCCGCCUAGGGGCAGGGCCCCCUCUCCCCCGCCCCUUCCCACGCUUCGGCCCGUCGCCCCCGGCGCGCGCGCGCAAGCACACGCGAGCCCGGGCAGCAUGCAAAUGAGCCGGCUCCAGUACCCAGACUCAAGCUCCCCACUGCUCAAUGGACAACCCCAGCUCAGAACCGUUGCCUUCAACUUUGUCUGGGGAGGAAGAAAAACCUGUGGCCUUACUUCCUCCAGUUCCCCGGGGCCGCCGAGGCCGGCCACCAGGAGGAGCCACCACCUCCAAUCGGACUCUCAAGUCCUCCCUUCCUCGCAAGCGGGGCCGACCCCCCAAAUCAGUGCAGGAAGCGCCCUUGGCAGCACCAGCAGACAGCGGUGGCAACAACGAUCUUCUGUUGAUCGAUGAUCAGGGAGUUCCUUACACAGUUCCCGAAGGGUCAGCGGCAGAUGGGCCCCAGGGCUCUGGCCCCAAGAGGGCUCCACACUUCUGUCCCGUGUGCCUGAGAGCCUUUCCCUACCUCUCCGACCUGGAACGCCACAGCAUCUCGCACUCGGAGUUGAAGCCACACGUGUGCAAAGAUUGCGGCAAGACCUUCAAGCGGUCCAGCCACUUGCGGCGUCACUGCAACAUCCAUGCGGGCCUUAGGCCCUUCCGUUGUGUGCUCUGCCCUCGCCGCUUCCGCGAGGCGGGGGAGCUCGCCCAUCACCACCGCAUCCACUCUGGCGAGCGUCCCUAUCAGUGUCCCUCAUGCAGGGUGCGCUUCACUGAAGCCAAUACUCUCCGGCGCCAUUACAAACGCAAACACCCGGAGCUCGUGGGGAUGCCCGUGCGCCUGUGCCCCCCAAACCCAAGACCCCAGCCGCUGUGGGAUGAUGACGAGGGUGUCGCGGUCCCAGAAAGGGUGCAAGAAGAGAGUCCUGAAGGAAAGGGGCCUGCUUGGCUCAUUUCCUCCACCACGUCUCCACUGUCUGGGUUUACAGCGGAGAGUUCAGUUGGUGCUAGGCAUGGGCAAGGAGACCAAGACAUCAUUAUUUCUGGUGAUCAUCCCGUCACGGAAGGGGGUCGAAAGCAGGGACCUAACCCUGUGGGUCCUGAUGCCAUCCAGCACCCUCCUUCGGACUGACAGGCUCUGGAAGGCAUGGGCUGUGGAAAUAAAUCCCUGCCUAAUGAC